CCGCUGUCCCCGGACUGGGUCUAUUCGAAUCAAUCCAAUGUCCACGUCGCCAAAGACAAAGGGUGGUUCACAACUUACACUCCGUUCGAUUCAAAAGUCGGUUGCAUAUACCAUGACGGAACAUCCAAGGUGGUCGGAAUUGGGACCGUUACUUUGUCAGUCAACAGAGCCCCAAGACUCAAAGGCAGCGAGUCACACAACACUAUCGUACUGAACGAUGUCCUCCAUGUUCCUUCAUUCCUCUCCAACGUUAUCGCCAUGCACGCGGUUGGUUUCAACCAUACCUGGGCAUGCAGAAAGGGUCUAUUCGACAAAAACGGACGGUACAUCGCCUACUUCGAUCCUAAGUGCACCUUCGACGUUCUCAAAUUGAGCGGCCCUCCAGUCGGACCCGUCGUUGGACGCUCGAUCUUUCUCAUAUCCGAACUAGAGAGGCGACGAGUCCACUAUCUGGUCAACGCCACCUGGUCGAAUGAAGAAUAUAGGAGAUGGAAGCACCAUCAACAGGCCGAGGCAUAUGCCGGAAAUACCCCCUAUACCAAAGCUGAGCGAGCGUGGAUCAGGAGGCAUUUCAGAAGCGAAUUCCAUUUCCUUCUCUCGUAUGGCCUCAAGAUCUACGACGAAGAGGAUCAUUUGGAGGGCAGAGCCAUCGCCCGUGCAUUGAUGGAGGACUCAGAAGAUGAG